AUGAAUGACAACCAUAUAAUUCCGUGCCCUCGUUCUUGGUUAUACCCACAUCAUGGGUUACCGGAAGAAACUCUCAAAGAAAAUCAAAGAAGAAUAUUUCAAGAGUACUUACCUGGUAUGGUUAUUACUAAGAUAAUACCAUUGAAUGACACAAAAAAACCCCGUUGCAGUUGGGCUGUGCAUUUUACUUGUCAUAACCAAGGGAGGGAUGUACUACGGAGAAUUCAUAACCAACUGGAUCAAUUAAAGCCACGCAAUACAAAUAUACGUUCAUUAGAAGCUGGGGAUUCACAUAAUUUUGUUGUCAUUUACAAGAUUGUGUGCACUUGUGCAGCUUUACAUUUUUAUAAGUAUGACAAAAUCAAAAAAUUGGAGAAUAUUGUUGAAAACAUCAAAUUGGAACAUGAUAACAUUAAAUUAGAAAAUGUGCAUUCAUAA